CAACGCUGACGUCUGCUUAGUCGCAGGUGAGUAACGGAGUUGGGCUGUGGACAAAACGCGCAUGCGCAUCGAAAUCGAGAGUGAAAAGUGAAAUUACUAAACGUAAAAUUAGCAGAAAAUUGUGAGCGGAAGUGAAAAGCGUAGAAAACCGUUUAUGCAACGAAAAAAGUGCAGUGACUUACAAUAAAAGGGUUGAAAAGUUUAGCGCAAGCAAAAAAGUUCCUAUAUAAUCGAACGCUGAUCAUUGUAUUCGGUAACCUAGUGUUACAUAAAGUGCAUCAACACACACACACACACGUGCAUUUUAUGCUCUCUGCAAGCAUACUAUGUAUGCCACCAAACUAACCGGCUGACCGAGUGCCCAGUCGAGCACAAUUCACCACAAAACUGGCUAAUAGACAAAGCAUUCAAUCCGCGAAACGACUCGUUCGCCAGCGUCGUUUACCAAGCCAUUCAACUCGGCGCGCUCUUCAAUCGUUACAGUCAAUAUGAAAUGCCGUUGCAUUACCGACUUUGUUGUUGUGGCCGUUGUCAUUGCGGCGGCUAGUGGUCUCAUUGUGUUCGCCAUUGCCACGCAGAAUUCCAACCGGCGAAUGGAGCGAAAGUUGGCGGCGCAUGAAACCAAUUUGACGCAAAUCACAGAACUGUUAAUGCUAAUUGGUACAACAACAACAACAACAACCACAACAAUGAGAUCAAAGCCAACAGAAAGCGACAUAACAGUGUCAACGACCGAGCAACCAGGAAGUAGCGAUGUAAGAGAUACAACAACAACAGUGCAGCCAGCGUUGGCAGAGUUUGGCGUCGCGCCGGCGUAUGAGCAACCUAGAAUUAGUACAGCGGGUGCAUUGAACGCCACAGCAACAAUAGUAACGAGAGCAGCUGUGCGCACCAGAAAAAUACCGGCAUAUAUAACAACAACAAUAAAUGCUGCCGUCGAUCGCGCACAAUCGUCACGACGAAUUACAAGGCUCAAAGCCAAACUGUUGCCAGCCAUUGUGGCAGCACGCGCGGAAACCAACACUUUGGAGGAAUCGACCGCAUGGAAGACAUUAACAUCACAUCCCAACUCGCUGGUGCAACUGUUUCCGUCACGUGCGAUGCUCGUCGUGCAAGAGGUGGUGCGUUCGCUACGUAAGGACACAAAUGUUGUAAUCCAAUCUUCUUUGGGCAAAAUUCGAGGACGCUUUCAGAAGUAUAGGUCCGGCGAACGCGGUGGCUACUACAGCUUCAAGGGUAUACGCUAUGGCGAGGCACCAAUAGGAGCCCGGAGAUUUCGUGCGGCGGUGCCUGAGAAGCCUUGGUUUGGUGUGCGCGAUGCGUCACGUGAGGGCAAUAGCUGUCCGCACAAAAAUAUGAUACUAGACACAUUCAAAGGCAAUGAGGAUUGUCUGUUUCUGAAUGUUUUCACCACACGAUUACCCAGAGAGGAUGAUGAACUACAGUUGCCUGUUAUGGUAUGGCUGCAUGGCGGCGGCUACUCCUUCGGCUCUGGCAACACUUUUCUAUAUGGCCCCGACUAUUUGGUUGCGGAGGAUAUUGUCUUAGUCACACUCAACUAUCGCUUGGGUCCUAUAGGCUUUUUAACAGCAGGCCCCGAUGCGCCGGGUAAUCAGGGCUUGAAGGAUCAAGUGCUUGCCUUGAAAUGGGUACGCGACAACAUCGCCGCUUUUGGCGGUGAUCCAAAUCAAGUCACAGUUUUCGGUGAAUCCGCUGGUGCCUCGUCCGUGCAAAUGCUGCUCCUCUCGCCACUCGCCGAAGGUCUAUUCCAUCGCGCGAUCUCACAAAGCGGUUCAGCGCUGAAUCCGUGGUCGAUGGCCGAUAGUUCGUCGGAACGCGCUUUCCGUUUGGCCGCCAAUCUAGGUUAUGUGGGUGCCAAUGAAACGGAUGAGAUAUUGGAAUUUCUACGACGCGUACCCGCUAUGAAACUGGUGGAGGCUGCGCCUACGACGCUUACAGUUGAGGACUCACGCAACAAUAUCGGCUUACCGUUCGUGCCGGUGGUGGAGGGUUAUUGGAAUACAGAAGGUAGUAGAGAAGUAUACUAUGAAGACCCCUUCAUGACGCAACAUCCCAGUGAAAUGUACCAACAACACAAAUUCCAUAGCAAUGUGCCGUACAUGACGGGCUACAAUACACACGAAGCCAUGCUUUUCAUACGAAGACUACGUAAGAAUCCAAAACUGCUGGAGAUUAUCGAAAAUGAUUUCUCGCGCAUGGUGCCACGUGAUCUCAAUGUUACCGACGAGCGUGAGCGCGUAACGCGAGAUAUACGUCAAUUCUAUUUAGGCAACAAACAAGUGGGCAUUGAAUCCGUGGACGAAAUGAUUGCUCUUCUCACGGAUCUGAUGUUUCUGCAGGGCAUACGCAAGACAGCGCGCAAUCACGCUAAAUACGGCAGCGCGCCUGUUUACAUGUACCGUUUCUCGUACGACGGCGCGCUGGGACUCUACAAGCGCAUGUUGGGUCUUACGCGUCCCGGCGUGUGUCAUGGCGACGAAAUGGGUUACUUAUUCAAAUUUGGCUUCUUCAACUUGAGCUUAGAUCCGCGCUCAACCGAGGUGCUCGUGAAGAACCGUAUGGUGCGCAUGUGGACGAAUUUCGCCAAAUAUGGCAAUCCAACGCCGCAAAAUGUGGAGGAUACAAUGUUGACCACCAACUGGACGCCCAUAAAUCCACAGACUGUGAUGGAAGAUAUUAAUUACUUAGAUAUUUCCGUUAAUCUGAACAUGCGCAGUAAUCCGGAGCCAGAGCGACAACAGUUUUGGGAUUAUAUGUAUGAGCACUUUAACGGUGCCGCCAUGUAGUCACACAAAACUCACAUUAAUAUUUAUAAAUAACGGUGCACCGCUAUUUACAUUCAUUUCGUAAAAAACAAAAAUUCAUUCAUAAUGCCAUAAACCAUAAGAUAAUUACGUCACAAAAACAGCAUACGUUGAAGUUUUAAGGGGCACCCUAGUGAGACGGCCUAAAUAAAAGCGAUUUUUGGGAAUUAAAAACACAACAAUUUCUAUCCCAGCUAUAUGCUAUAGUGGUCCGAUUUGAACAAUUUCUUUGGAGAUUGUACAGUUGCUUUGGAGAAUAAUUAAUGCCAAAUUUCAUGACGACAUAUCGUCAAAUAAAAUAGUAUUUAAUACAAGAAUAUGAUUUAGAUCGUUGUUUGUAUGGCAGCUAUAUGCUACAGUGGUCUGAUAUCGACUGGUACAACACACAAACAGCUUCUUGCGAAGAAAAGGGCGUGUGCAAAAUUUCAGAUCGGUAUCUCAAAAACUGAGGGAAAAAAUAGAUUUUUUUUAAUUUUACAAUAGGUGUGCCCUUUAAGUAACUGCAUGUGAUCCUCAAAUCGUAGAAAAAUAAAUUUAUAAAAUAUCCGUGGUAGUUAAAGUUCAAUCAUGCAUAUACAACACACCACUUUCGCCACUAAUUUCAAAUAUCUAACUAAACUGGAACGUUCACCUGCGCUUCAUUGCAUCGUAAAAACAUUAAUUUAAUUCACUAUUAGUUUAAAGUUAGCAUUAAUAUUGAUAGUUUAGCAAUUAAGUACGAUUUCACGACAUUACAAGAUUUCUUAUGGCCAGUGCAUUUACAAUAUUUAUGUCUGUAUGUUUAUUCGAACACACAUACUUACAUAUAGAUACAAGUUUUUGUAGUUUACAACUGUUUUGUUUCAUUUGUAUAUAGUCAAAUUUCAUUAACUGUUGCAGCGCUUUAAGUUAUCCUUUUAAACUUUUAGUUUUUAAAAGUGUAAAUUUUGUUAAAAAUAAAAUGGCAAUUACAUUUUUUAUACAUUAAAAUAAAAUUAAAUAAAAACCGUAUAUUU